AUGGAGCACCCCAACAGCAGCAUGGCCGGCCAGCCGGACACGUGCUUCGGGGUGUUCAACGUCAGUGAUGGCCGUGACAACGUGCAGAGCAGCAUCGCCUCGCCCUGGUUCUCCACCGCUUUCGGCCUCAUCGGCCUCUGCUCCAACCUCUUCGCCCUCUGCGUUCUGCUCCACUCCUCCCGCAAGCUGUCCAGCCGGGCCCGCUCCUCCUUCCUCGUCUUCCUCUGCGGGCUGGUGGUCACGGACUUCAUGGGGCUGCUGGUGACGGCCUCGGUCAUCAUCCCCUACCACUUCAUCAAGUUCCCUUGGGCCAAGGUAGACCCUGGCUGCCACCUCUGCAACUUCCUCGGCUUUUCCAUGGUCUUCUUCGGGCAGUGCCCGCUGCUGCUGGGGGCCACCAUGGCCGGCGAGAGGUUCUUCGGCAUCAACCACCCCUUCUCCCGCUCCACCAGCAUCUCCAAGCGCCGCGCCUGGUCCAUCGUGGGGCUGGUGUGGGGCUUCUCCUGCCUGUUGGGGCUGCUACCGGUGCUGGGGCUGGGGCGGUACACGCUGCAGUACCCCGGCUCCUGGUGCUUCCUCACCCUCCUGCCCGACACCGGCAACAUCAUCUUCUGCCUGCUCUUCGCCCUGCUGGGCAUCUUCUCCGUGCUGCUCUCCUUCAUCUUGAACACAGUCAGCGUGGUGACGCUCUGCCGCGUCUACCACGACCGGGAGUCGGUACAGCGGCGCCGGGACAGCGAGGUGGAGAUGAUGGUGCAGUUGGUGGGCAUCAUGAUCAUCGCCACCAUCUGCUGGAUGCCUCUCCUGGUGAGGACCUGA